GAGAGAGAGAGAGAGAGAGAGAGAGCAGCUCUCUCAAAGCUUGAUGUUUGUGUGUACACUGUUGUAGCCCAUUCAAUUAAAGGAGAGCCCUUCUUACUUAUUUACAGCACAAGAGGAAACACGGACCUCGCUCAGAAAAGGUGAACUACAAAUGAAGCUUCAUCCUCUGUGAGGAGCCAGUAAUGCUGCCUCAACGAACAGCAACUUUAAACCCAAUCUUCACGCAAGAGGCCCAUGUGACCUAAGACCAGCCUGUGGGAGCACAGAUCUGCCGCGAGGCCAAAUGAAUUCGGCUCCAGAUCGCAGGAAAGAAUGUUUGCCUCCAAAGAAGAGAGAGUUCCAGGCCCCGAAGCAGCGAGUCUCAGCCGAGGAGCCCUCCAAAGACUCCUUCAAGCAGCCCUCACCGCAGUGGAGGAAACGCACAGAACCCCAGGCCAAGGACCCCGCCCACUGCAGCAGCACUUCACUUCUGACCUUGAAGUAUCCCACGUAUAACCUAACUGCUCCACAGUGGCUAACCUCAGUCCCAGCAGCACAGCAAGACCCCGUCUUGUGGGGGAGCCAUUACGCCAGGACUGCUGACCCCUCUGCCGCCUAUAACAGCUUCCUCCAUCCCGGAGCCCCUCCGCUGACCUCCAGGUGGAAACACGACCCAAAUCAACAGUCAGCCCACAGAGCCCCCAGCGAGUACCAGCCUGGUUAUGGAGUCGAUCCAAGGGAGUUAUGGCCUCACCUGUCUGCAGGGAAGCAGUCCUUCAGUCCCUCACUUCCUUUGCCUAGCACCCAACCCCGCCAGCAGCCUCCCUCCCCUAGGGAUCCCCUGCAUGGCCACAGGAAGCACUUGACUACUGAAGCUACUAAUGGGUUUGAUGGGACGGCGCUGGGGCCAGGAAAUCCUUUCUCUCAAUACCACUUCAAGGGCAGAGCUCCUGAGAACUACCCCAAUGGUAAGAGGAAAUGCCCUGGAGAUCAGAGAUUGUUGGAUACCGCCUCUUCUAAGCACAGCAGGCCGUCCAAAGCAGCAAACUCCCAUUCAGCAGACUACAGAAAGGACCAACGGCUGUUCAGCCAAUCCCAUUCCCAUGCCCAGGCCACCGUAGAGAGUAGGAGAGCAAAGCAUGCUGCUCUAGACGAGGUGAGCCCCGUGCGCUCCACUGGAUGGGCUCAAAUCUUUUAUGGCUUGCCAGCUUCAUCCACCUAUAUGGGAAUACAGCGUCCUCCCCUCGGCUAUUCCAUUUACAGCCAUCUAGAUCCUGCACAGGGCCCAGCUAUCCCCUUUUACAGCCAGCAAGGAGAAUCAGGUCUGACACUCAGGACCUCAGGGCUCCUUUCAGUUUCGAAUAGGAUUGUUCCACCUGGAGUCCCUCUGACAGUGGGGGGCUCCGGUAGUGAUAGCCAGCACCCCUCUCCCGGAAUCCCUAUCGAUUAUUCGAUUCACUCUCCCGCCGGGCAUCCCUCACACACUGAGGCUGGGACCACUGUCUCUGCCUCCUCUCCCUCCCCUUCUCCAGCUCCCAAACCCCCCCUAGUCCUACCUCAUUUCGCAAAGGGUUCCCUCAUCCAGCUGUCCACGGGAGAGCUGAGGAGAGUGGAGGACAUGCACACGGAGGACUUCAUGUGUAGUGCGGACGCCAGCCCCGAGCUUCGUCUCAGCUACUGCACCGUGCAGAGGAUCAGGGAGAGCCCAGACCCUGGCUUCACUCAGCUGCAGGUCCUGCUGAGUGAUCACACUACUCAGGUUUGUGUGCUCUAG